UGUUUUUACUUCCGCCCGGCCAGCAGGGAAGGAACAGGAAUUGCUGUGCUUCUCCCUGCCUAAAGAUGCUGGGAGCCGGUCGAGAGCCGCUGAGUGGGGAAGCAACAAGCAUGAAAUCAGAUUCCCAAGAGCAAGAUUUGAUACGUGAAGAGUUCACUUACAUUUAUGGAGCUCCUACCCAGAUUCUAAAGUGUGGCCCUUGGGAAGAUCUCUGGAAUGAUAAAAGUGCGCCCAGACUUCUAUUUCUAGUUAUCCCUGGUAAUCCUGGUUUGGCUGGCUUUUACCAGAUAUUCAUUGAAGCUUUGUAUUUUGGCCUGAAUCAGCAGUAUCCAGUGUGGGUUGUAAGCCAUGGUGGACACUGUAAAAUUCCUUAUGACGUCAAAAGAAAGGAAGAGAUGGUUUCGAAUGAAACAGAUGAUGUUUUUGGGCUUCACGGGCAAGUUGAACACAAACUGAACUUCCUCCGGAAAAAUGUGCCAAAAGAUGUCAAGCUUGUACUUAUUGGACAUUCAAUUGGCUGUUAUAUUGCUCUUAAAAUUAUGAAGCAUGCACCAGAACUGGAGAUUCUCCGCACCAUCCUGCUCUUCCCUACGAUAGAACGCAUGGCGCACUCCCCGCAAGGCAGAUUCUUGACUCCCCUGCUCUGCCAGCUCCGUUAUAUUCUGUACAUGCCUGCGUACUUGCUAAGUCUUUUACCAGAAAAAGCCAAAAGCUUCCUGGUGCGCUAUGCAUUGCACAGGCAGAAGUCGAAUAAUGACGUUUUAGUAACAACAUCGGUAGACAUGCUUAACAUGGAUUGUAUUGCAAACAUCAUGUACCUGGGAAGUCAAGAAAUGAGGAAGGUCAUAGACCGAGACAAUUCUACAAUAAAGCAGCAUUUAAAAAAGGUAGACCUUUAUUCUUUACAUUUUCCAUUUGUUCAAUUCCAAACUGGGGGUACAAAAG